AUGGAGGCUAAUAACAUCGGCACCAGCGUGCAUGUGUUUGACGGCUCGACAGACUUUCGUGUGUGGCGCGCGCGUGUCGAGAAUGAGCUGAUGCGCUACCACCUGCUGGGCUAUGUGAUGGUGCGCGGUUACGACGGGAGCCAGUCUUUUACAUAUAAUGGGGAGGUCGUGCCGCCCCGCGUGCCCAUGGCCCUCGAGGAAGGCGAGCAACAGCAGCCUUCUUUAAAGGAAGAAGCCCCGUGUGAUCGUAACACUACUACCCAGCGCGGACGACUUAGUCGCUGGGAUGUUUUGGGCGAAAGUGCCGAAGCUAAAGGAAUUUUACAACGUUUCUUACACCCAGACGUGGAGUCUGCAAUCUUAAACAAGAAUAUUUACGACAGCUGGAUGAUGCUUUGUACUCUGUAUGGCAAUCGCAGUAGUCCUGGAGCUCACAAUGUGUACGAAAUGCAUCGCGUAUUAUAUCACAUUCGACUGGGAGACAAGAAAGAAGAACCUGUUACAGAAUUUAUCACGCGGUGGGAGAUGCUUAUGCAGCAAUAUGCACUAGCAACAGGUAUUGAGCUGACAGACGCCUUUCGCUCCAUCUCAUUGACGCAAACACUUCCAAGUGCGUGGAUUCCAAUGGUAUCGUCGUGGAGAGGAACUCGACCAUUUGUGCCUUAUGUCGAGCUUGUGGAAAAAGUGGUGGCCAUCAAAGAACAGAUGCAAGCAAAAGUAGAGACAUCGAGUGUUCCGAGCUUGGCAUCAGGCAAAACAUCCCCUUCCUCAACUAACAACUCGACAGACGCGCAAACAUCUCAAUUAGUAGUGAAAACAGCAGCUGACAUGCUCGCAAUUGUAGAGCCAGUAGAACAAGGGAUGAAAACGCCGAUUACUGAAGAUAUGUCAGUGGAAAAACAAACUACGACAUCCAGUGAAAAGCAGCGCGACGAAUUACCUGAACAGUGUGCUGACGAGACAACGAGAAGCUCUGAUAAUUACGCGAGAUCAGGCGAUAGAACUUCCCCUUUGAGUGACGUGACUACUGGGACAGGCAAUACGCUCGACCUUAGGACAGGAGAAAUCAGUACUUCGAAGAGAAAGCGUUCAACCAGUCCUCGCAGCCGCAGCAUCAGCAAAAAACGAAGCUCAGAUCGAGGAGAGAAGUAUUCAGGCUCUCGCUCGUAUCGGGAUUCUAAGAGAAGUGAUAGUGAUUACGACAAGCGCCACACUCAUGACAGGCACAACUCUGAGAGAGGAUACGACAAUUUUGAACGUAUCGACAGUAAUGGCCCUGUCUCGUGCUUCUAUUGCCUUAAACUUGGUCAUCACAUGAAGAAUUGCUGGUAUUUAAAGGCAGACAUCGAGAGCGGGACGACUCACGAGUCGCACAAGAAAUAUACUUGCGCUGUGACACUUGAAAGAAACGAGUUUAUGGUUUGUUGUCUUGAAGCAUACAUUGAUGAGGUCAAUCGGGAGCGGGCGGCACGCCGGGCAUCCAAGUCAACAGCAAACACGUCGCGUCGCAGUGGCUAUGAAAUUGCUGAAAGCGCUGAACGCAAAUACCGCCCACAGCAGCAGGAGCUCGCACUGCCGCCACCUCCUGGUCAACCACCAAUUUUUGCGUUUCGAGAUCAGCAACAGUCGUCUAGUAGUACAACCGCAGCCGAUUUCCACAAACGCUCACGCAGCGUGUUUCAAUCGGCUGAAGGCCGUAUUUCGUCGCGUGAUCCACGUCUCAAUCGCUCGAAUAGUGUCUAUCGUUCCACUGAUGUCACAGAGGAGUUUUCGUCGCGAAAACGUGGUCGCACUCCAUCGUUUGAGAGGCAACUACGAGCUUAUUACUAA